AAGUGCUUACAAUUAAUUAUUUCCGAAGACUAGAAGUCAGCAAAAAAGUUUUAACGAGAUGUGUCCUCUUUCUUAAGAAUUAAUGAUGAAUUUAUUCCAAGGAAAUUUUCUUUUAAAAGCUUAAAGCUUCAGUUCUCCUCGAGAUACACCUCUCAAGACAAGAAGCUUGGAUUUUCCAAAGAUACUUUUAUUCUCUCCCACUAUCGUGCUUUAUAGAGGUAACCAUCGGCGAGAUAUCGUGGACAUGGAUUUUAUACUUUUCUGAUAAAAGAAUUGCUGUCGCUCACUCAAAAAAAAAAAAAAAAAGAAGAGAGAAAGAAUCGAUAUGCUUCGUAGUACGAGGCAUUUUAUUCGCUGAAAUUGCGGGAAAUCACAUAGAUAAUAGCCGCGAGCGCGAUUGCAUGCGAAAGCGGUGGCAAUUAUGACUAAGAUAAGACUAGAGUUGUUGGGGUGCGAGGCUCUUCCUCUGGAAGGGAUGUAUCGUUCGCAACGGCACGACAUCUUAACGCCGCAGAGCAGUCCAGAAUCGCGCAGCGUUCGCCAAGAACAGCACAGCAGUGCGGACAGCGUCGGCUCCGCGAUCUCGCAGGGUGACAUGUAUCCGCUAGAUCAGCCCACCUUCGAACUCGAUCAUCUGUCUCUGCAUAUUCCGGCGAUCCUUCAUUCCACGAUACCAAAAUGUGGUGGAUGUCAGGAAGUUAUUUUGGAUAAAUACGUUCUAAGGGUCUUAGAGAGGUGUUGGCAUGCAAGGUGUCUUACGUGUCGAGACUGCGGUGCUAGAUUGACCGACAAAUGUUUCGCGAGAAACGGCCAUGUGUUCUGCAAAGACGACUUCUUCAAGCGUUUCGGGACGAAAUGCGCGGGCUGCGGCCAAGGAUUGGCACCUUCACAGGUAGUACGAAGGGCACAGGAGCUUGUCUAUCAUCUUACAUGUUUCUCGUGUGCUCUUUGCUCACGGCAGUUGGACACCGGCGAUGAAUUUUAUCUCAUGGAAGAUAGAAAACUCGUCUGCAAGCCUGAUUACGAACAGGCGAAGGCGAAAGAAUUGGCAGAUGGAGGAAGUAUAGACGGUGAUCAACCUAAUAAGAGGCCGCGAACGACGAUCACGGCGAAGCAGCUUGAAACUCUCAAGCUGGCAUACAACACCAGUCCGAAACCAGCAAGGCACGUGCGAGAACAGCUGUCUCAAGACACAGGCCUCGAUAUGCGCGUCGUUCAAGUCUGGUUCCAGAAUAGGAGGGCGAAAGAAAAGAGGCUGAAAAAAGAUGCUGGUAGAACGAGAUGGUCUCAAUAUUUUCGCAGUAUGAAAGGCGCCGGUGCAGGUGGUCACUCGCCUAGACACGAUAAGCUUCUUGACAAAGACGAGCUGAAGGUAGACUUGGACUCCACCUUUGGUCAUCACGACUUGAGUAACGACAGCUAUGGAACAGUGGUGAACAUGGGUCUGGAUGGCGAGAGCGCGAGUCCAGGCGGCGGUGGCAACGGAGCCGGGGGUGGACCACCCCGCGGAUACCUCGGUGCGACGACACCUCCGUAUCUCUCAACGUCCAGAUCGCCGUCCUUACCACCUCAGUUCCCGUAUCCGCCUGACGCUGGUCUCUCGGUGUACACCACUCUCGGGGGACCGGGCGGCAUGGUGCCAGGACCAGCAUCGGAUCUGAGUAACGAGUCGAGCGGAGGCGGCGGCGGCGGUGGCGGCGGCGGCGGCGGCGGCGGCGGCGGCGGUGGUAGCGGCGGCGGCGAUAUUUCAUUCUCGUCAAAUCUACAUCAUCACGACGAACGUGAUCAUUCGUAUGACCAUACCACUGCCUCUAAACCCGAUUUUCAUGGAAUAAGUUGUUUUAAAACAUCAAAAAAUAAUUGA